UUCAAGCUUUAAUUUUAUCAUAUUUUCAUAGUUCAUUAGUGUAUCAUUCAGUUGUUUCUAAAUUUGAUUGUGAAUGUGUGUAUUUUUUCAUCAACAUUUGAAUGGUAGAGAUCAAAAUUGUUUAAGCUUCUGAUUCAGUUCCUUUCAAUGUACUAAAAAGAGCUAAGUCCCAGCUAAAAGGAAGAUGAUGAAGAAGAUGGGCAUUCUAGAAUUAGUUUGCUGCAACUCUGGCCUUUUCAUUUUUCUCUGCUUGUAUUGCUUACCGGGCAGCAAAGGUCAUCCCAUGGCUGAAACACCAAGUGCAGCAGGAGCUAGGGAAUCAACACUAUCACCCACAAAGGAACUUAUACUCUAUGCCCUGGCCAUUGGAACAUUUAUUCUACUGGGAAUUUGCUUCCUGUACCGUGCGAUUCGAUCAAGAAGAUGUGUACGGAAACCGCCAGAGCCUACAGCAUAUCAGAUUCAAUUUGAAGCCCAUGAACUUUCGGUGGCAGCCAGAGGAUACCACAAAGACUACUUAAUUGGGUUCACUGACUGGGCUUCCGUAUUCAAAGCUGUGCUUCCAGAUGGCUUAGUGGUGGCAAUCAAGAGGCUCAAUUUAAACAACUCUGAGGAAGCCAAUCAGAGGUUUCUCGAGGUUUGUAUUGCACUCACUCAAGUUCGACACUGUAAUCUGGUUGGUGUGUUGGGCUUCUCUGUGUCUUCACAGUACAAGUACAUUGUCACUGAGUAUGUAGAUUGCCCCAAUUUGGAGCAACUGCUCCAUGAUAAUUGCAAUUUGAGCUGGGAGACCAGGCUUAAGAUUGCUCAUGGAACCGCCCGUGCACUUGUUUACAUGCACGAGGAGUGUAGAGUCAACAGUGACAGUCCUCUGGUUCAUGGCAACAUAAAACCAAGCAAUAUUUUUGUGGAUAUUGAAGAACAAGAACCCAUUUUGAGUGACUAUGGUAUUACCUCUCUGAUCGAGAAUUUCUCUGGGUCUUCAUGUGCGUUUCAAGGAUUAUGUGGAUAUGCAGCUCCAGAGUGCUUGAGAUCAGAGGCAGUGACAGAAAAAUCAGAUGUAUACAGCUAUGGCAUCGUGCUUCUGCAACUGCUCACGCUAAAGCAGCCUUCAAGCGAAGAUGUAUCAGGAAACUUAUCAGAAUGGAUAAGAAAUAAGAUUAUCCAUUCAUAUGAGGGAGUUCUGGAUCCUGCCAUUUUCAGUGAUGCAACAGAGUCCAGAAAGAAGAAAAUAAAGAAAGUAUUGGGGCUGGCCUUAAUGUGCACUAGAGAUAAUCCACAGAGAAGACCGUCCAUGAAAGAAGUUGUUGAAAGCCUUAUUCAAAUGAAGAGUUUUGACGCGCAGAGAAAUUCAGUGGCGGCUCCUGUUUUUGGUAUUGACAACGUAUAAUUUGUAAAAUUGAAGACAUCAAAGUUUUCAUACACACAAUCUAAUCUAGAAACUGUCUUCCAAAUUUGUAAAAUAUUUUGUUAAAAAGAGGAGGAAAUACAUUUCUGUCUCUGUGUUUCCCUGAAUCUAGAAACUGUCUUCCAAAUUUGUAAAAUGUUUUGUUAAGAAGAGGAGGAAAUACAUUUCUGUC